AUGGGUAGUAAACGAAAGCGCGGUGCCAAGGAAGGCGCCAACAGCCUACAGAAUCCCCAGAAGCGCACAAAGAACGAGUCCGAACCCUCAACGAAGAAGAACAAGACAAAGACCCCAGGCGCGACUAAGACCAAGGCCGACCCGACCCAAGUGAAGGCUCUCUUCGUCGAGUCACCAAUUGGCGAAGACCGAAAGAGAGAGGCCGAUCUCUAUGAGCUUCUGGGUAGCGAAGACCCCGAAGACCGUCUGAAGGCUGGCGAGUGCGUUGUCCAUAGCUUGUUAGGUCCCGACGGCGGAGAGGGCGUUUCCAGUGCUAUUCUGCGACGACACCUCGAUCGCCGUCUGUUUCGUGGACUCGCAAGUGGCCGCAAUGCCUCCCGCGUUGGGUUCAGCCUAGUUCUCUCGGACAUUCUCGGGCAAUUGUUUGGAGAGAAAGCGCUCGCCGAGUCGACAUACGAGGACCUCGACUUCGAUACUGUCCUCCAGAUCUUGACCGAGAAGAUUCAGAUCAUUGGAAAUAUCCCUGGACAGGAGGAACGAGACCACUACUGGGGUCAGUACUUCGGUCUUUGUGCUUUCGUGAAAGCUGGAAUCCUCUUCCGCGACAUCUCGAGAUGGAACACAGUUCUGGAUCUUCUUCUGAAGCUUGCGGCUAAGAAGGUUUGGCUUCGCUCGCACUGCGGUUGGGCCAUCGUUGAAGCUAUCGAUCAGAUGAACCAGAAGCAGGCCAAGGCUACCCUUGAGAGGAUCGCGGAAGCCAACCUGGCCAAGACUCCCGAAGGUGUGGCUAUCUGGCUUGUUGCUCUCGCUCGAUUCCCUGAUCUCAAGGUGAAGCCUUGGAGUGAUCCUCUUGCCAAGAAGUCGUUUGGCGAUCUUGCUGCAGUUCUUCGAGAGAGCUUUCAGGACUUUGACAAGGACCAGCCCGAGCGUGGUCAGAAGAACAAGCAGGCCAGCUGGACUGCUCAAUCGCACUUUGUCUGGGAUAUCCUUUUGGCACAUUACCUCAAGGAGGGAGAGGCCAAGGCUGAAGAAUUCCAACAGUUCUGGGCUCGUGUAGUUGAUGACUCCCUAUUUGCCAAGAGCGCCACCGACGGACAGAAGUUCAAGGGAUUCCAGGUUUUCCAGAAGAUGUUGGAGGGACUUGCCACUCUUCCUUUGCACCUCGAGGCACUUUUCAGCAAGAACCUUUCUCUCUGCCUCAUGAACCAAGCCGCGAAGGAGGACCGAUACCUGCACCGAGCAGCCACCAAGGCACUGAAGACAAUCGAGUCAACCGUUUCCGCCAACCCUUCGACACUUGUACCCAUCCUCAAGAGCCUGCUCGGCCAGAACGGCGCCUAUAACUUCGAUCAGCGAACAAACACCAAGACUAUCGACCGCCUCCUACAGAACAUAUCCGAGGAGACUGGCCAAGAGGUAAUCAAGAUUAUCCAAAAACCUAUCAGCACGCUCGGCCAGCAAGAGACUGCACAAGCCACAUCCACACUCCGAGUCUACGUCGACUAUCUAUCCAAGACCCUCAACGCUUCAGCUUCAGCUACCUCUGGCAAGAUCCAACAAAAGGCCUUCUCCUCCGCCCUACAAGAACUUUCUCAACUUGCCUACUCUCAACCUAAGCACAUCCCCGCAGAUGCUUUGACAGAGGGCAUUCGGGAGCUUUGCCGAACCCGCCUCGAGUCUUCAUUUGCCAAGGUCAGCCGAAGAACAGAAGACUAUGGCACACUAUGCCUUGCAGUGUCUUCUAUUGACCCUGACUCGGUGGCUAUGUCAGAGGAGAUUGGCGAGGCUGUUCAAAAUGCUCUAGCAAGAAUGCAGAAACUACUUAAGCGUAAGGCUUCAGAUGAUAAUGAGAAGAGUCUGUACCAGGCCCUGGCUAUGCUUCACGCUGUUUCCGUCUUCCAACUAUACAACGAGGACCCUGACGCUAUGGAGGUUCUCAACGAUCUUGCACAAUACUCUGACCGCCUCAAGAAGGGCAAGUCCGCUGAGAGUGAGGCUGGAACAUCGGAGUUUCUUGUUGAGAUCCUACUAUCCUUUGUUGCACGACCCUCAUCUCUCAUGCGUGAGGUCUCCAAGCAGGUCUUCGAUGCCUUCACUCCUCAGAUCUCAGCCGGUGGCCUUGAGCUUCUGACUGGACCCCUUUCAUCUAACGAGAGCACCAAGGGCCAAAAGGAGCUAUUCAGCACUGGAGAGGACGAGAUGGAGGUUGACGAGGAUGAAGAGGACGAAGAAGGAACAGACGGGGACGAAGAGGAUAACUCAGAUAUCGAGAUUGACUCUGAUGUUGAGUUUAUCGACAUCAACGAGGCAAACGAUGAGAGCGGGGACGACGACGAGGAUGAUGACGAAGAAGAGGAGGAUGAUGAUAAGAACAAGGGCGAGUUCGAUAAGCCUGAAGACCUGGACAACGCUCUCGAGAAGAUUCUCAACAGUCAUCGUUUAGACAAGGACGUCGAGGCCAACUCUUCAGAGGACGAGGGCGACAUGUCCGACUCUGAGAUGUUCGCCAUCGAUGAGCAGCUUGCUGCGGCCAUCAAGCCUCGUAUCCAAGACCGAACCAAUGAUUCCAAAAAGCAGAAGAAGGAGGCCAAGCAAUCUGUCGUCAACUUCAAACACCGCAUCCUCGAUCUUCUCGACAUCUACGUUAACAACGAGCCCCUCAGCCCCCUCGCCUUCCCUCUCCUGCCACCCCUGCUCAAUCUCAUGCGCACCACCAGCACAAAGGCUCUGGCUACCCGUGCUUGCGAUAUCGUCCUCAAAUACCAGAAGGCCUUGAAGAAGGCACGCAGCAACCGCGAGAAGAUCGAGAUCGCCGACCGGGAUGGUCUGCUAGGCGUGUUGCUCGAGAUUCACGAGGCUGUUGGACAGGACAAUGCACACGCAUACGCAAAGGCGUGCAGUGCGGCUAGUCUUAUCGUUGUGUCGGCUCUCUUUGCCGCCGACAAGGACAACAUCAAAGAUGUUAUUGGCGUAUAUGCCAAAACAUGGGAGAGCUGGGUGCUUCGCGAAAGCAAGCCCCAGUCAUCUUUCUUCCUUGACUGGUACAAUUGGUCUCAGAACACAGCUUCCCAGGCUUAA